CACAUAUAGACGGAUUGAUAUGUUUUGAAACCUGUAUUGUACUGUAUGUGCCUGCAAAAUCAUGAAUACUCUGAGAUUAGCUUGUCUCGGUAAAAGCCAUUUCAUUGUUUGUGAAAAAGGAACAGGAUUUUUCCGUUCGCUUACCACAGCCCUAUGUCAGAGAAAUCUCGGGUUGAGCUCAGUAGUCAUGUCGUCAGCUGUUAUUACCACUAGGUGCUUCUCGAAGAAAAGUCACGCUUCCUCUUCACACGAUUUGGAGGACGAACACCCAGAAAGCAAGGAAAUUUUGCGCAAACUUCGAGCCCGUCAUCAUUACCAUGGCAAUGAGAAAGACGCUAAGAAAGGCCAUGAAGUAUUUAUACUAGAGCCUGAUUUCAAAUGGGGUCGUCACCGCUUUCGAAAUGUCACCAGUGAACAUAGAUUGGACGAAGCCUGUGGGUUAGUUGAUGCGAUUGAAAACUGGAUAGUCGCCGGCAAAAGUGUGGAACCUGUCCGAAAGCUAGACGGUAAAACGUUCUUCGGGAAAGGGAAGGUUGAGGAGUUAACCGAGCAGUUUCAGGAAAUGAGAAAUUCAGCUUCUUCAUUCGACAGCGUGUUUAUUGACGUUGCUAAGCUGAGUCCUCGGCAACAUAAAGAGCUGGAAGACCUUUGGGAAGUUAAGGUAUUCGACAGAUUUGGCGUAGUGCUGCAGAUAUUCAAAGAAAGAGCAAAAACUGCAGAAGCUAAGAUACAAGUUGAAUUAGCUGAAAUACCUUACAUUAGGUAAAGGACUAUAUCCAGUUCAUUUACAUUAAAUUUAUAUAUAAGGAAAACCCUUAAUGCAUCAGUCAAUUGAAACCCCGGCCCCCGACCCCCAUGGCAUAACGUGAGAUAGAGGGGAUUUAACGUGGCCGAUGCAGAGAUUUAACACGCAUUUAACAACAUGUUGACCCUGGGGGGCGGUGGAAUUAACAAGAUGCCUGUUCCACCUGGGUCAUUAGCAGGGAUUUAACAGGCACGCAUUUUCGGAAGUGGGGACAGCUACAGGGAUUUAACAUGAAGUACCAAAAGAAAUGAGCAUUCCAAAAUGAUUGUUGUGGAUAAAACAGGUGUGAACUUACUAAUACGUAUUUGUGUUGUUAAAAUAAACAGUGAACAACAAGCUAGGGGGAACUUGGUCACGUGGUACAAAUUGGCCAUUGUCGUAAGCUGUAAAUGUGAUUCUAUCUCUCUCUAAUAUGUUGGACCAAAGUCGGACAAGGCUCUGAUUUGCUGUGCACCUCUCAUGAAGGAAGGUGGCCAGGGGAUACCCAGAUACCAUUUUCAAAAUAACCAGAAUUAGUUCUAUGGCACUGUUACAAAACAAGUCACUGUUUCAGGCCUUAAGGGUGGAUUUCCUGACCCUGGUCUUUCCCUAGUGGUCCUUGGCCUGUUUUGCGCACACCAUGAUCAAAUUUGAAUGUAAGCCAUAAAAAGAUGUCCAAUUUCACUGCAGUUGUAAGUAUAGUUGAAAAUAUAGUUGAAUUUAGGAACAAGUACAGUUUAGACCAACAAAUACUGUAAAUUCGAACUGAAUCGUGUUUAUUGUUUAUAAACUAAUAAUGCCCUGCUAUAUGGGGCUUUUAACAAACUGUUUGGCCCGGGGAGCCUGGAAAUUAGUGGUGUUUUAACAUGUGGCCAACUUUAAAUUCCCUCCCAAGUCGUGGAGGUCAAGGGGCUGGAGUUUCAGUUGACUGAUGCAUAAAUUAAGAUUUCUUAUCUUAAGAGAAAAAUUCAAACAAAUCCUUUGUUAAGGACUUUUUUCUAGUACUUCAAACGGUCUCCCCUAAGAAAAAGAAGUGGUUCAUGUAUGUAAGAGAAAAAUUCCUUAAAGUGUAUGUACAUGUAUAUGACGUGAAUUUCUUUUUGUGGUUUCUUGUUCUACCAUAUGUGUAAAAUAUGUAUCUGAAAUUUAAACUUGUCUAUAAUCUUGCACAACCCAUUAUUCAUCUUCAAACAUGCAAAUUUUGCAUUGAAAAGUGUCCGCCCUAUUUGUGUGGCCUAAUUGACAAGUAUGAUGUACACUGAUUUGCAAGAAUGUAGAAUAAUUUAAUGAGAUGUGGCAAAUAGGAAGGAUUGUCAUCUUUGAAGACUACUCAGUCAUCUUCAGAACUUCAUUGACUUCACUAUACCUUCUUUACAGUCAGUUACAUGGCUUAAUUUCACAAAACAAUGACCAGAAUCGGGAGAGAAGGCUAAGUAAACUACGUAUAACUGACGUCACAUGACUUUUAUAUUUAUUUAUUUUAAUUUUAAUUUCAGAUCCAGACUGGUACAUGCAGGAGGAGAAGUGAAUAGUAGUUAUGAUCAGCAAAGGGGUGGAACACAUGCUAUUGGUGGAGCAGGGGAAACUGAUCUUGAGAAAGAGAAAAGGAUAUUGUUUGAGCGAGAACAGAAGCUGAAAAAGAAGUUACAGUCUAUCAAGAAACAUCGUGACCAUGUUAGACAUGAACGACAUAAGAGGCAUGUUCCAAUAAUAGCAGUUGUAGGAUAUACUAAUGCAGGUAAAGAUCCGUAAUACUGUUCAGUGUUGAUGCAGCUACAUUCAGAGUACAGUUUACAUGCAUAGUUUAGUAAAUACACUGAGUUUGUAGUGCUUCAGACUAAGCUGGACAUUUGUAGCUGGACACAGGAUUUCACACUCUAACGCUUUGCAGGUUAAAACGAGUAAAAAUAAGCGGAUUUUUUAGGGAUAGUAAAAGGGAAAUUAGAGAAUUUAAAAGGUUUCCUUAUCCGAUUAAACGGAUAACCAAAAGCGUUAAACGAUAGAACAAUUUACCAAUUGCAUCAUUUGUAAAUACACACUUCAGCCUUUGCGCUGCAAAGUAUUGGUAAUUAAACUAUCCAUCCAUCCGUCUGUCCGUCCGUCCGUCCGUCCGUCAUUGAGAGGUUUUUCUCCGAGUACUCUGGUUCUCCCUCUUCUUUCAAAACCCUGAACAUUUUGAUCUGGAAAGCACAGACACGUUCUUAAGAACUCCUCAGUGCUCCGUGGGUAACCAAGUUACCAUUUUGCAAUUUUAAAACUCACAGGAUUGUCAUGACCCGUUUUAAGUGGAUGGUAAACAGUUAGUAAACGGAUUUUGCCAUUAAACGGUUAAGCAUUAGCUAAGCAUUAAUUUAAUGUACGAAAUCCUGACUGUGCCUGGUCACACCUAUUUCGUGAAACCUCUGGUCUUGCCUGGUACUUGCUCCUUUUAUAAUAAUCAAAUCUAAUAACAAGUGCCAUGUACAGAUUUUCUUUUUAAACUGUUGCAGGUAAAACAACACUAAUUAAAGCCUUGACUGGUGAAGCAAAGAUGUACCCUGAAAACAAGCUCUUUGCAACUCUUGAUGUCACAGGGCAUCCAGGAAAACUUCCAUCUGGGAUGACUGUGCUGUAUUUAGACACUGUUGGAUUUGUUUCAGACUUGCCACCUGAACUUGUUGAGUCAUUUUCAGCAACACUGGAGGAUAUUGCCGACUCUGUAGGUCUCUCCUAUUCAUCAGUCCUUGUAAAACUGCAGCAGUAAGCGAACAGAACAUAUUUUGUUCACAAAACAUGAUAUCUAUAUUGCCUUUGUUUUCAGGAUUUAGUUGUCCAUGUUCGUGACAUCAGCCAUCCUGAAUGUGAUUCUCAGUUAGAAGAUGUAUUAACAAUCCUGGAAAAACAGCUGAGCCUGAAAGCACCCUUAAUGGAGAACAUGAUAGAAGCACUUAAUAAGGCUGAUCUUUGGUAUGCUCUGCGUCAACUAGCGAGACAAGUUACUCACUGAAAGACGAAAGUCAACUUAUCUGCGUUCAACUCUACACUCGAGACAUUUUUCAUAGCUGAUUCAAUAAAGGUUGCUUUGGGCAUUGGGAAUUGACGAUUAGGUAUCGGGCAUUUGGGCAUACCAAACAAUGCAACAAUUUGCCGGAGUGACCAGCAAACAAUAGCUUCUUAUUGCCCAAUUCCCAAUGCCCAAAGCAACCUUUAUUGAAUCAGCUAUAUACACAGACUGUUUUUAGUAUGGCUAGUUUGAGUAGAACCCUGUGUAAAAAGGCAGCAUCAACGAAAACUCACAUAUUAUGUCAUAUUACCCCUGUGAACAAUAGCGGAGCCAGCUUCACCUCAUGUAGUCAAGUGUACUGUAAGAUUUCUAGUUACAGCCCCCUCCCUCCUCCUCCCACCACACUCAGUUCGGCUCUGUCUAAAGAGUUCCUUUAUCUUUUAAACAAAAAAAGCAUCGGCUGUGUCCAUAGUAGCAUUUUUUUGUUAUUGUUUUCGACCAUCCACUCAAAGCCAUAUAGUAAAUGUUUUUGUUUCCUCAUUUUAGUGAUGAGGAACCUUUACACAUGCAAUAUGGAGUGCAGAGUAAUAACCGUACACAAAUCUCAGCUUUAAACAAAACUGGCCUCAACAAGCUGCGUGGCUUGAUUGAAGAAGGUAUCAUUGCAUCCACGGGGAAAGAGAUAAAAAGACUUGUGAUUCCUCCUGAUGGACCACAGCUCAGGUGAGUUAUAUGAAGGCUACUCAACGAUUUAUUAUGUCACAUACAGCUGUAAGUGAUGCCCAUGUCGCCAAAUUCACAGCUAAUCAAAUCACGUGAUGGUUGACAUGGCAUUUUUAAAAAUGAGUUUUAAAUGAGAUGUGAAGACCCAUGAGGGUAAGGUUUUUGUAAAAUUGUAGUAAAGGCAAAUUGGACGUUCGCCGUAGGGAAACGUGAUCGAAAAUCCUAUUGUGGUAAAGGUUUUGUUCUGCAUUUUUGUUCGAAUAUGAAAUGUUUUGGCUAAUUAUUCAGUCUGAACUUUUAUUUCAAUCUCACAAAUAAGCUUUUAAUUAAAGUAGUGAUCAACGUUGUCAAAGUUGUUGCACCAGAAGCCAGUUGCAAAGAAAAUAGAGUAGAUCAUGACUGUAUUUGUGUUGGGCGCUGAGUUGGUAAUUGGAGUCCAGCAUUCAUAUAUUAUAAAUGUCAUUUCUUUAAUAGACUUUUUAGACUGGCCUGCCCAAGAUACUUAUCUGUCAAUUGAAUUUUUGUAUACCGAAUAAUACACACUGGUACCUGCUAUUUCUGUUAUUAAAAUCAACUGUAAGCAGUUCGCGUACUUGGAUGUUUAUAGCGGAGCUCCUGCUGUUGCAGAAAGAACCAGAGUCGGCCACUAUUUGUGGAUCGUAUUUUUUAAACUAUUUUUACACUAGAGAAAAAAGAAAAGAAAUAGACUCACAUAAUCUAAAUGCACUUGCCCAUGGUGAUCUAUUCCACCGCUUAGGAAUCUUGGCAGGGUACUCAUGGGCUUUAAAUUAGAAUCCGAUCGUACUAUAAGUUAAAGCGCCUUUAACCAGGACAUUGCAUGUAUUUACUGUCAUGUUAUCCAGCUCCAGUUUCAAACGUUAUUGCAAGAUAUUUUAGAAGAAUAUUUGUCCACAGAAUGUAAAUCGCAAACGCAGGAAAGAUUAACUAGUAAACAGAGCUUCCUGUGUUAAACCGAUUUUCAGCUGGCCUGUCUGUGGUACGUAAUAAAUAUACCUUUUUGUUUGUUUGCUGGAUUUAGCUGGCUGUACCACGAGGCCACUGUUCAGGAAACAUCAGCCAAUGAAGAAGGGGAUAUCGUAGCGACGGUGAUCAUGGAUGAAGCCACCAGAAAAAAAUACUUAGUAAAAUUCGGCAAAUUUUAGUUAAUAGACACGGGAAGUGCAAGGACUACCGUAUAUAAAUAUUAGCAAAUAAAAGCGUCCCAGUGUAGGCUUCGACAGUAAACUACAUGAUUCAUAAUUCAAACUUCCGAAACUGUGUAGUCAAAUGCAUUCAUUGUGUCAGUUUGAACGUUUUCCUAGGUAGUGUAAUAGUUAAGGUAAAAUGAAACUAUUUUAAGCAAAAAUAGAUUCUAGUCCUUUAUUGCAGCAUUUAUUUCAUCCUUCCAAUCUUUAGUAUCGACUUAUUCCAUACAUUAGAAUAAUUAUUUGCUAUCAAAGGAGAAAGGUUUUGAAACUUUAAAAGAGUUAGUUUCUCUUGGAAGUGCAUUUUGUGCCAAGUAGUCUUACCACUGAAUUUAAUUUUAUGGUGGCGCUGGCGAUGCUUGAGGAGGAGUAGAGACUUCCAUGAGUGAUGGAGGUGGUGGGGAAGGAGGAUUUCAGCACCAAGGCAGUGGUGCUGGAGGCGGGGGAAUUGAAAAUUCUGGCAGCGGUGUCGUGGAAAAGUAGGUCCUCUCUGUAGUGGUGGUUAAGGCGGAGUAAAUUCUCCUGGAAAUUACGUUGCUGUAAAACUGUACUAGUGGUGGUGCACGUGAUACCUCUAGCAGUGGCGGUGGAAGAUUUUUACCCCCUAGGAAUGGUGGUAAGGGUGGAGGGGUAGAAUCAGCUUGUGAUAGUGCAUGAUAGAGAUGGAAGGGUGG